AUGGGAAAGCAGGUGGCAAUUAUCGGAGCUGGGAUCAGUGGCCUCCUUGCCUGCAAGUACACACUUUCAAAGGGCUUUCAGCCUAUUGUUUUUGAAGCUUCAAGCAGCAUUGGAGGAGUGUGGACAAAAACUGUUGAGACUACCAGGAUCCAAUCUCCUAAAGAUUAUUACCAAUUCUCAGAUUUUCCAUGGCCAUCUUCAGUGACAGAGGGCUUCCCAACUCAAAAUCAGGUUUUGGAUUACGUCAAAUCAUAUGCUCAACAUUUUGACUUGCUCAAGCAUAUCAAAUUCAACACCAAAGUGUGUGGGAUUGAGUAUGAAGGGCCAUCGUCUGAGGAUGAGAUGCAAGCUUGGAGUCUCUGGGGUGGCAACGGAGAGCCUUUCAGCUCCGAAGGGAAAUGGAAAGUUGUAGCAGAAGACAAACAUAGCCUCUCAACUGAGUCUUACUUAUCAAGUACGAACAAGCAGAUUCACCUGGUGGACUUUGUGAUCCUCUGCCUCGGGCGAUUCAGCGAUGUUCCAAACAUUCCUGAUUUCCAUCCAAACAAGGGACCAGAAGCAUUUCAUGGAGAGGUAAUACACUCGAUGAAUUACGCCGACAUGGACUAUGUAAGUGCGGCUAAUUUGGUGAAAGGAAAGCAAGUAACAGUUGUUGGGUUUCAGAAGUUUGCAAUGGACAUUGCAAUGGAGUGUUCAAAUGCAAAUGGGGUUGAACUUCCAUGCACAGUCAUAUACAAGACAGAACACUGGAACCUUCCUGACUAUCUUCCAUGGGGGUUGCCCCUGGCAUACCUGUACUUUAGUCGCUUCUCGGAGCUCUUGGUUCAUAAGCCUGGUGAAGGCCUCCUACUCAGUCUCCUGGCAACAAUUCUUUCACCUCUGCGAUGGGCAUUUUCGAAAUUUGUGGAAAGCCAUGUAAAUAAGAAGCUUGGUUUAGCCAAGUAUGGUAUGGUACCUAAGCAUAGUUUCCUUCAAGAGAUCAGCUCUUGCAUGAUCGCAACGGUACCGGAAAAGUUCUUUGACCGGGUCCAAGAGGGAAGCAUCAUUCUGAAAAAGUCUCCCAGCAGCACCUUCAGCUUUUGCCAAGAAGGCAUUUUGGUUGAAGGUGAAAGCUCCCCUGUGAAGACAGAUUUGGUCAUAAUGUCUACUGGAUUCAGAGGUGAGAAAAAGCUCAAAGACGUCUUUGUGUCCCCAACUUUUCAGGACCGAAUAGUCGGUUCACCAGAGACCAUAUUGCCCCUCUACAGGGAAUGCAUACAUGGAAGAAUUCCACAACUAGCUGUAAUUGGAUUCUCCGAGAGUAUUUCCAACUUGUUCACCUCUGAGAUGAGAUGCAGAUGGCUUUCAGAGCUUUUUGCAGGCACAUUUAAGCUUCCAAGCAUAAAAGAGAUGGAGAAAGAUGUGGAAAAGUGGGACAAAUACGCAAAGCAAUACGCUUCUGGCCAAUACUAUCGGAGAUCAUGCAUCGGCGCCCUGCAUCUGUGGUACAAUGACCAGUUGUGCAAGGACAUGGGAUGGAACCAUAAAAGAAAGAAGGGAGUCUUUGCUGAAUUGUUUGAGCCUUAUGGACCAAUGGAUUAUGUUACCUCUUAA